GUGCGCAUGCGUAGCUGCCGCCUGGUUCUUGCAUGGUUCCUCUAAUGCUCGCUGCAAUUGCUGGGCGGUCGCAGUGCCGGAUUUGAAAAGAUAACUUCCUCUCUGUGUCUUGAAAUGGAUCGGCUUCUUGGAAAGGGGAAAAGAUUACUUCCUGGCUUGCUGAAUUCGGUUGCCUGGUAUAAAAAACAGCAGCAAAGUUGCAGGUUUUAUUGCCAUCCUCGUGCAAAACGAAAAUUGAUGUCCCAGCAUUUUCAAUCAAUGAAUCUGCAGGAGGAUAGUAUGGGAUCACAGAGUAAACCUGGGGAAAUGACAUGUAAAAGUCAGAGACUGAUGCUACUAUUAGGACUGAUUUGUCCUGCCAACCCUGGCUGCUACCAUUAUAUGCCCUAUACUGUCCGAUCAAUGGAGAAACUCAUCAAGGUGAUAGAUCGAGAAAUGCAAGCCAUAGGAGGUCAGAAAAUGAACAUGCCCGCAUUAUGCUCAGCAGAGCUCUGGAAAGCCAGUGGAAGGUGGGAACUGAUGGGCAAAGAGCUGUUGAGACUAGCAGACAGGCACAGCAAAGGAUACUGUCUAGGACCUACCCAUGAAGAGGCCAUCACAGACCUAAUAGCAUCUCAAGGCUGCUUGUCCUACAAACAGCUUCCUCUCUUGCUAUACCAGGUAACCAGAAAAUUCCGAGAUGAGCCAAAGCCAUGCUUUGGGUUGCUGCGUGGCCGAGAGUUCUAUAUGAAGGAUAUGUACACCUUUGAUGCCUCCAAGGAGGCUGCCCUCCAGACCUAUGCUCUUGUGUGUGAGGCAUACUGCAACGUAUUCAAUAGCUUGGGCCUUCAGUUUGUGAAAGUCCAAGCAGCUACGGGAAGCAUUGGAGGGACAAUGUCGCAUGAAUUCCAACUCCCUGCCGACAUUGGUGAGGACCAGUUGAUGAUGUGUGAGAACUGUGACUUCUCAGCCAAUGUCGAAACAAUAAACCCAGAUGAGACCCAUUGCCCAGUUUGCAGAAGAAAACUAGUUAAGCACAAAGGAAUCGAAAUUGGCCAUACCUUCUUCUUGGGCACCAAAUACUCUUCUGUUUUUAAUACUACUGUCCGCACUUCUGAGAAUAAGCCUGUUCCAGCUGAAAUGGGCUGCUACGGGCUGGGUGUGACUCGGAUCCUUGCGGCCUCCAUUGAGGUGCUUUCUACAGAGGACACCAUUCGUUGGCCAAACCUCAUUGCACCUUAUCUCAUCUGCUUUAUUCCCCCAAAGAAAGGCAGCAGGGAGGAGAAAGGAGCAGUGCUCUUGGAGAAUUUAUAUGAUUCUAUUGCUGAAGCAGCCCCACAGGUUGCAGAAGAGAUGGUGCUGGAUGACCGAACCCAGCUCACCAUUGGUAAAAGGUUAAACAAUGCAAAGAAACUUGGGUUCCCCUAUGUUAUAAUAGGUGGGAAGAAGGUUUUGGAUGAGCCUUCUCUGUUUGAAGUACAUAAUCAAAGCACUGGUGAAAUACUCUUCCUUGCCAAAGAGGCCAUUAUUGACUUGCUAAGUAAAGUGCAAACUCCCUAAAUAACUGGGUAUUUGGCUUUUGAAAAUUAAUGCAGUCUUUUGUUGUAUUAAACGCGUGGUUAUGGGGAUGCAUGGGAUGGUUAUUGUUUUUAUUUAUAUUUUCUAACCCAUGGUUGAAAGGAAGGCAGAUAUGUGAAAGUGUACUGUGCACGGGCUUGCCCAUUGAUUUCAAUGUCUGUGGCAACUCCAUCUGCACAAUGCAGGUGUUUUACAUGGAGGCUCCCAGCCUUUGAAUUCAGCAGAAGGGUACCGUUGAACUCACAUCCUGCUUGUGGACUUCCCAAAGGCAUCUAGUUGAUCACUGUGGAACAGGAUGCUGGACUAGACAGGCCUUUGGUCUGUUCCAACACAACUCAUCUUAUGUUCUUAUUAACAGGCUAGCCUUUGCUUACACAAAAUAAUGAAAGUGUUCUACCUGACAGUUCUUCUGGGGGAAGAUAUUAGUAGUUUAAGUGGUCACUUGAAGGGAAUAGAAUGCUGAGUUCUGUACGUUACACUCCCCCAAUCAGCUAGAUGGGAACGGAGGACAGGUUACCAGAAGUAGUUCUGACAACUCCAAUCCAGAAACAAACGGCAAGGUAAUGCAACUUUUAAAUUGAAGCUGAAGUCAAGUUGACCAGAAAAGUAUCAGGUGCUCUGAAGUUCCCCAGAUUUCUGAAUCAGCAAAGAACUAGAUUCCUUCCCCUUCCACACCUUAUGGAAAGAGGAGGAGCCAGUGUGGUGUAGUGGCUAAAGUGUUGGAUUGGGAAUCGGGAGAUCUGGGUUCUAGUCCCCACUCGGUCAUGGAAACCCUCUGGGCCAGUCACAGACUUUCAGCCCAGCCUACCUCACAGGGUUGUUGUGAGGAUAAAAUGGA